GAAAAGUCAUUUCUUGUCGAUUUAUCAGUCGACUUCGCCAGCGUACACAGGCAAUUGGUUCUGAUAUUUUAAGGUAAUUGCUAUAUUUAGAGUGUUGUUUAUUAUCGAUUUGUGUAGUUUAUUCGCUUUGAUUACAACAAACAAUCAGCAUAUUCCCAACGUUAACAGCAGCGACGACGUCUCCGAAAUGCAAGAUCCGCUGUUCUGCCAACCUGUUCGAAAAAUGCCGAAUAUCAUUGCUGUUGUUUCUUGCGCUCAACAAUCGAGUUCGACAUGCCAGUCCGACGACAAUACUUCUGUAGUACUUCAAUCCAUUCAGCAUAAAGCGGAACCCAUCAAUGUAAUGUUAAAUGACGAUCAACCAUCAACAUCAUCGCUUCAGGAUCUGAUACCGUAUACAAUGACAGUUAUCGACCACAAUGGUAAUGGUGAUGCAAAUCAGGAAGACGAAGUUUUUAUAGAAUCGUCCGAUUUGAAUUCUCCGGUUCUACUGUUUAAACAGUCAUCAAUGAGAGAUGAUGACGAUUUUUCUACGAUUGACGAUGAAAAUGUAUCCCCGAAUACGUCACGCAAAAGGUCAGGGCCCAUAAACGAUAUUAAGCUGACGAAAAGCGAAAAACGAUAUGCAUCAUCGGAAAUGAAAUUUCGGGAGUUUAGUUUUAACUGGUCGAAAAUCAGUGAUAAUAUUAUUGGGCGUUUGAAUCGUUUGCAAGACUACCGAGAUGAAAAUCCAACAAAAAAUAUUCCUUUAAGCUUGCAGUUACCUAAAGCUGAUACAGCAAUUUUGACAAACACAAUUGUCGAGCAGUUAAGAUGCAUUGACACUGAAAUACCCGCAUGUACUAUGGAACGGGUAGCACGGCAGAUUUAUUCGAAAUAUACCGGGCUAAAAUUCGUGGACGACGACGGAUACGUUAAUCAUCAGAGCCAUGUAGCACUGAAGCAUAAGUUAAUUAACAGAAAUUCAUACCUAAACCGAUUCAAGAACCCAGAUGGACCAAAAAUAUCAGCUCUCGAUAUUCGCAGAAAUAAAAAUGUAAAAGCUGGUACAUUGAAAGAGUAUUGGGUGGCCUCAUCAACAAGUUGUUCCAAGGACAUUCUAAGCAAAUUGAAUCGAGAUGAUCCAAAAAUAUUAAACGAAGAAUUUUUAUCAGCUUCGCAGCCCUACUUGAGGUUUAGAUUGGAUGAACCGAAGCUUCUCAACGAGAUCGUCAUUGGGCUCCCCAUACUUCGUCGUCGACAGCUCAUUAGCUUUCACUUUGAAAAAGCCACAGGUGUGUCCAUGCUUUCAUUGGAGAAACUGUUUGUAGCAAAGCGCUUAAAAAUCGUCGAUUUUUUGAGAAGUCGACCUAAAAACUUAUUGCCUGAAGCACAUUCCGACUACGACAUCAUCGCGGCCUUGUGUGCCUUGUUGGGCGAAAAUGUUGCAGAACUCAUCGUACAAAAGGAGAUCGGAACCCAAGUCUCGGAAAUAACUAUUGAAUGUACAGGACCGGUCAUUGUUGCUGUUGAUCUUGGAAACGAUAGUCGUGUGUUUUACGUUUUCGCGGAGCAAACUCAAAUCACUGAGGGAACCAACUGCGUUGUCAUGGCUAUAUCUGAUUUGGUAGCAGUGCAUUACAUAUAUAACUUCAUGUAUAUGAAAAACAUCUCGAAAUUUUUGGAGUUUGUCCAGACAUACUUCUUCAAAAUUAUUCCUACCACAGGAUCGAAAUCGAAAGCAACAAGGAAAAGCAAACAACAACGUCUUGUUCAGAGCGUCAUCGAGGCGAUCUCAAAUCAUGUACCGAAGUCGAAUUAA